GUAUAUCCCUCAUCGGUUAUAUUACAUCAAAUUUUUAAAAAAAAUAAUUACGUUUAUAGUUUAAAGGUUUUUUAAUUAUUAAAAAGAAAAGAACUUUAAUUUGUUAUGGGUCUACCGGUAAUUGUGUCAAAAUCGGUAUUUGACAUACGUCCAUUUGGUAAGAAGAGUGUUACGGUUGGACUAUUAAUCAGCAAACAAAUUUCAAUUAUUGUGUUAUUAGAGUAUUUCUGCAGACUAAAACAACUUCAACAUUGUGUCGACCUUUAUAUCGCAGAAAAACAGAAACGUCUACCGAGUUUUCAAACAACAUUCGAUGCAGCUUACGAACUGAUUAAAAACGAUGUCCGUGGUUUGCCCAUCAGUUGCCAGAGAAACGAAUUCACAAACCAGUAUAUACAGAACUAUGAUUUUAGUUAUUAUUCUCAUCUACAAAACGAUGACACUUCAUUUUUGUAUGAGAUUUUACAAUUUCAUUUUAAUGUAAUGUCUGACAUGAUUUUACAGGACUUAAUAGUAUGAUAUAAUACAAAU